AUGAAUGCACAACAGCAAUUUGACAGGUUGAAAAAAAUUCAAACCUCACCACAUUCGGAUCACGAACAUUCACUUGCGCUCUCAAGCUUGGCCCUGAACUACCAAAUUGUCUCAUGGGCCCUUCAGUCACUGGCGCCUGUAACAGCCGAUAAGUAUGCCUUUCAAAGCUACGCUGAAGUUUUCAAUAUAUCAAGGAUAGUAGAGCUAAUCAAGCAAAAAAGUGAAAAUUCACAAUACAAGUUCCCUGAAACCAAAGUUUAUAUAAUUGCAAUUAGAUCUGCCCUGCUCAAAGAAGUUCAGGACAGUUGUGAAAAACUUGAGUUUCUUACUGGAAUCGAUAAGAUGUCGCAUAUGGAAGCCAACUCUUCAGGAGGACUAAUAAUUAUUGGUUUGGUGUUCCUGACGAAGUCUAUGGCCAAAAUUUGGCCACAUGUUGGUGGAUAG